CACAUAUUCUGAUGCAAGUAGGAUAAUCCUUGAAUCAUUCAGUGAAUUUCACGGACAAACACAUGCUUAAUUAGACAAAAAUAUCCGCAAAACAAUCUCAAACCUUUUAUUUUGAAAGAGAGAUUGUUGUGUAUUUGGUUUGAGCAAUUCAAAGUUAGAAUUGAGCGGAUUAAUUAACCUUCAUUUUUAAUUUGGGUAAAUAAAUAGGGUGAAAAAUAGUAUUUGACGUGAUGAAAAUUCAAGUACGAUUUGCGUGUUUAUCGAACCGUCCACCUGUUACAGCUAUUGGCACAUCGUCAGCAGCAUGAUCCACAAUCUCCCCCAUCCUCCAAUCAAAGGGUCAAAGUUUCACAAUCACACUGCCCGAAACUACAACAAUCUACGUGUCCCUCAUUACCCGCUACCACUGUGCACUCCUCCUUUCUCCAUUGGUUCUCACAAUUCACUCUCUUCUCUUUUCUCCCAUUAUAUCGCCACGUUUCCUUUCUCAACCAAUCCCAUGCUCCCACUCUUCCCUAUCUCCAUUCUUCCAACACGUGUCCCUUUCCCACCUUCCUAUAAUACCAACCCUUUCUCUAAUUGUUUCCACUGUGAUGUGAUGUGAUUCCAUCUUUUACAUCACUUUGCACUUACAACACAUAAACACAAAACUCUCAGUUUAAACACAGAAAAUAAAGCAUGGACUGCAGAGGAGGUUGUUGCAUCGUUAGAAAUGCAACACACGAUAUGUCCACCAUGGAAAGAAUUAUGCUUAAGUUUCGCCCUAUCGCGCCUAAACCAGUGGCCGGAACCACCGCUUCCGACGGUUCUUCAUCUGAGAGCGGCGACGCUUUUUUCAAAAGCGGCAGAACCAGGAGAAAGUACGUCAAACAAAACAAUACAACAGAGAAACGAAGGAUCCGGCGAAAGAAAACCGUUUCUUCGCCGGAACAUAAGCAUCCGGUGCCGGUUACUCUUCCUUUACUACCGGAAACUCCCGAUCGGAAAGAUUCGCCGGCGAGAGAUCUAACUCUAACGGCAGAAGAUAAAAUUGGAGAAAACAACGGCAACGACUUAAACAGUAAUAUGCCACGGUGGCUGAGUUUCGAGAAUAAUCUUAGAAACGUAGACACGGAACCUUAUGUACGGUACGGUGCGAUGGAUCCGGUUGCGGUAGAGUUAAGCGGGGGCUAUUAUUGUAGCGUGACGGUUGAGUGCGUGACAGACGCGUGGGUGGAGGGUGAGUGGUUAGGGAGUACGGACGAGGAGAGAAGAUCGAAGAUGAGUGCGGACACGUGUCCAGGUUUUAUAUCAGACGGUUACGGGAGGGUGACGUGGACAAACGGUGCGUACAGGGAGAUGAUGGGUGAGGGAGUAGUAGUGUUGGUGAUGAAAGUAAGUGGCGUGGUUUUGUACCCGUCGUUCACGUGUAGGGUUAGAGUGGUGCAGUUUGCGUGUGGGAGUGGAAGGGAGAGAAACUCGCUUACGGUACCUUGUGAUGUGUGGAGAAUGGAGAGUGGUGGGUUUGCAUGGAGAUUAGAUGUCAAAGCUGCUCUCAGCUUGAGAUUAGGUUGCUAAUUAGUUACAAUCAUAAUCAAUUCUCAAUCUCAAAGGUAUCGCAACGAUCAGAUCGCGACAAUCCUUUUGCCGUUUAAUCCGUGUUUCUUGUAGAGUACUGUACUUUUUUGUUUGAAAAUUUUACAUUUUCCUCCGUUAAAGAUAAAUAUAUUAUGUUUUGAUUUUUUUUAAUGGUUAUAAUUCAUUAAUGUUGAAAAUCAAUUGAAUUAUAACAUUUCUAUCUAUAAUGGAGGGAAUUGAAAUUUUUGGAUGAAAAUGUGUUUUUUAGUAGAAUCCUAAAUGCAGAUGUAUAGCACAAAGCUAGCUUGCUUGCCUAUAAAUUUUGUGCAUGUAGUGUAUCUUUGUUGUCGGAGGUUGUAUUCUGUUCCUUUGAGCUUGGAAAACCGCUGAGCCAAUGAAUGUAAUCAUGAUAUUAAUGUAAAUUUUUCUAGCUAAACUCAACUAAAUUAAGAAAAAA